CACGGUCUAAUAUACGGCACCACCGGCGCUGCAGAAACGGGUGGAAGGUGGAAGUGAGAUUAGCUCUUGUGCCAGUAAUCAUUCCUAGCAUUACUACAAUGUUGUGACUGUGAAUAUUUGCAUGUGCGCACAGGGAGACUGAGCUUCGACGACAUACGGCGGCGUCAAAGCGACUCGCAGAGGAAGAUAUCUACUUUUCUGUCGGCAUGAUAAGUGACGACAGCUAGCAUUAGCAGGCAGCAGUCCCUCCUCAACGUGAAGCCACUCAGCGAAAGUCUGGCAGCACCUGUUUUUACCCUCACUGAUCCUGCUGCAGGUUGACAUAUAAACAUGCCUAUUCAGCUGACAAGCCAAGCGUACUGUAAAAUGCUCCUACACGCCGCCAAGUAUCCUCACUGCGCGGUGAAUGGGUUGCUGGUGGCAGAAAAGACGAAGGAGAAGAAAAAAGACAGCCACAGCGUCCUGUGCGUGGACUGUGUGCCCCUGUUUCACGGUACCCUGGCUCUGGCACCAAUGCUGGAAGUAGCCUUAACUCUGAUUGACACUUGGUGCAAAGAAAACAACUAUGUCAUUGUUGGGUAUUAUCAAGCUAAUGAACGCACAAAGGAUUCAAGACCCAACCAAGUAGCAGAAAAAGUAGCUGCCAGGAUUUGCGAGAACUUCAUUGAAGCAGCAAUUGUUAUGGUGGACAGCGGUCGAUUAACAGUUAGUUGUUUUGAGCCGAUUGUGCACAUCUACGAUCACCAUGAAAACAAGUGGAAAAGCAGAGACGUAACACCUGAAUCUUUCGAAGAUUGGAACGAAGCACAGAAGAUCACCUCAGCGCUGCUAGAGGGCAGAUCCUACGAGAAUUUGAUUGACUUUGACAAUCACUUGGAUGAUCUAAGGAACGACUGGACCAACCCUGUGAUCAACAAGUCUGUCCUGGAUCUCUGCUAAUAAUAUCCUCCUUUAAGAGAGCCCAAGACACACACACACACCGCUGCCAUUUCAGCAUGCAUGAUGCUGAAUAUUUUGUCUUUGCUCUAUUAAAAGGCUCCCACAAUUAUGGGAACUUGUGGAGAGCUUACAAGUGUGGCCAAGGGCAAGUACCAUUACAUGCAUAGCUUACAUACUGUAUUUCCACCUAUUCAAGGUGAUGCUUCAAAUGAUAGAGCCAGUUUUGGCUUUGAACACAAUGCUUCAAAUUAAUUCUAGAGUAUUUGAUCUAUUUUUUCCCUGUGAGACUUUACAGCUGAUAGCCAUAGAGAGAUUGAGUCCUGAAUUUCAAGAAGUUAAAAAAUAAAGAUUGUCAGUUGUUAAUAUAAGAAAUGAAUUACAAUGCUCUUUAUCAAAUUUGUAUGUGUCUUGAACCCUGGAGCAGACACAGUUCACAGAAGUGUCGAAAGUUGAAUUAAAACCAUACAUUAACAAAAGUGAACCAGAGAGAUGCAAACAUUAGGUUUUUUUUUAUAGAGUUUGUCUGUAGAUACAUCAGCAAUAACAAAAGGAUGAUUGAUUCAAGAGGAUUAAUCUUUACAUUAUUGAUGCAUACAUGUCAAUAAUUUAGCUCAAUAUUGGCAAUUUGCUCUAAAAAUAGUAGGUAAUAGUGUUUAUAACUUGACUAAUUCUAUUUUAUAAGUAGGGAAAUGAUACAGAUGCGGUUUUGUAUUUGAAAUUAGAAUGAAACAGUAAGAGCUAAUUACUUCAAUAAUAGUAGAAAUUACAUUUUCAGGAACCUUAUAAGCUGAAUGUAAAAUGUUUUGAAAUAUUCGAGUCCUUAUACAAAUUUAAUGUGAUUAAUAAAUUAUUUUUUGUUUUGACGUACGUCUUAUACUGAUGUUAAUAAAAGUUUGAACACAA